UUCCUGCGGAAUGUUUACAAUUUGAGAUAUAAAUUGAUCAAACAUUUAACUUGAACAAUCAAAUUGUGGAAUUAAUAAGUCAAUUGCUACCAUAAUAUCGUAGAAUAAAUAUUUAACAAAACGUAAAAAAGUGCAGCAAGUAUUAUACCAUUUUAUUGGUAUCUUUUAUGUUGUUUUGGAGCAUUCAGUUAGAUGGGCUCCUUGACUUGCAAAAAGUAAAGCUACGGCAGGGUCUUGGUCAAAAGUGAAAAAAUCUUUUUUGUUGUGAUGCGAUCAGAAGUUCCGGGCAAAGUUUGAUCAUGGAAAUGUGAAAUUCAUUCUUCAACUAAAAUUAAGACCAGUUUAAGACUAAAAAUAUAAAUAAUAUCUGUGUUAGCUAGUUUUGCGCGCCUAAUAAUUAUAAUUAAAGACACGUUUGUCACGAAAAGUUGAAACUUUAAAAUGGAUUACAAUUCGUACAACAAAAUUUUCGUAACACCGAAUCAACCAACUGCUGGUGGCUCGGGUUUCUUUCAUACCAACAGUUCAGCUGCAUUCCUCAAAGUGCCGAAUCCGAGCCUCGUCUUAAAGCAGGAACCCGAACCAAACAGUGGAACUGCGACGCCGCCCGUGAACUACAGUCAAAGUGGUCAACAUUAUGCGGAAUCCAGUGGGCAUCAUCAAGAUAAGCAAAUUUACUAUGGGAAACCUCUGGAUCUGCAAUUAGUUUCGAAUCCAUAUCUGCCGCAUAAUCAAACUACGGUGAUUGGUCAACAGCAAGCUACUUUUCAGAUGGCCCAUGACUAUCACGACCAUUCCAACGCAUCCACCAUCAGUUCUGUUGAUCAUCAUCAGCCAUACAGCGUCCAAGCUUCGCCGGUUCCUCAGAGUACCAAUACUCAUUCGGUCGUGCAACAUUCCGGUCACGUCGCAGCCCAAAAAAUAACGUACGGCUGUGAAAUUUGUGCCAAGACUUUUGAUUCAAAAGCAAAGUUGGACAAACACCAACGUACUCAUAAUGAGGAUUUGUCCUUUGAAUGUCGUGUGUGCGAUAAGAAAUUUCGCUCCCAAAGCACGCUUACCUGCCAUGAGAAGGUGCACGGAGAGAAUGCAUCCGGUAAUACAUUCUCUUGUGUUACCUGUGGAAAGGUGUUUAAAUCAGAAGAGAAACUUCAGGUCCACACGCGUUUGCAUACCGGCGAAAAGCCUUACCAAUGCAAGAUUUGUAUGAAGUGUUUCAAUCACCAGUCGAAUCUGAUAGCCCAUUCAAGGACGCACGAGAAGAUCCGGAAGGCACUGAAGUGUGAUCGUUGCAACAAAGUCCUGGACAACGAGGAACGCUUGGCGAUACACAUGCGACUGCACACCGGCGAGAAGCCCUACAAAUGCUCGUACUGUGACAAACGGUUCAACCACAAAAGCACGGUUUGCACACACGAAAAAACGGUCCACAUUGCGGCCAACGCCUACAAGUGCGACCGGUGCCACAAGACGUUCAACCAAAAGUGUCAACUACAAUAUCACGAGAAGCUACAAGAAGCGCAUACGAUUGCGUGUGAGCAUUGCGACAAGAUAUUUUGCUACAAAGCCAGUCUCAAAGAGCAUACAUUCCGUGUGCAUUGUCCUCGUCGGAAACACAGAAGGGAUCGAUUAGCUGGACUAAACAUAGAUAAUGAGGGUCGGAACAAAUUUAGGUGUGAAAUCUGCUACCGUAGGUUCUACUAUAAGCGCGCCUUGGACAUGCACAUGGGAAUCCACGACAUCGCGCUCGAUGUCAAUUCUCUCUAUUUCUCGUGCAAUUAUUGCGCGGAGACUUUCACUGAUGAGGAACCACUGCUCAAACAUGAGGCCGAACAUGUGGCUAACAAUACAACCGAUUUCAUGGAGAACAUGAAAUCCUUAGCGCAAUCCGAAGAUCCGGAAAAUGGGCAAGUUCUUGGGAAACAUCGCUGCCCGCUUUGCCUAAGUCGUUUCGAAGAGCUUGCAGAACUAAAAGAGCACCAUAAGUCUCACCUUUGUUCCAACCCGGAAGAUUGUACCAAAUGCAAGCCAACUCUGGCCGAUGAUUAUGAUUUCAACAAGGGAAAUUAUGACGAAACCGAAGACAACCACACCAUUCAGUGCCGGAUUUGCGAACGACAGCUGCCAUCGUUCGAGCAGUUCCAGAUCCACUUCCAUUAUCACACGGCACGGGUUCCAUUCUACUGCUACCAAUGCCGAACGGAGUUCACGGACAAGAAGGAGCUCUACGCCCAUUCGAAGUCGCACGCACCUAAGGAAUCGGAGGCACACACUUGCGAGGUUUGCAAGAAAAUUUUCUCCACUAGAGGCAACUUUAGGCGACAUCUCAAGUCCCAUGAAGCCGUCCGCGAUUUUGCGUGCGAUCGUUGUUUCAAGCAGUUCGAUUACAGAAGUGAACUGGACCUGCAUUUGAAAAAAUCGCAUGGAAUAGUCUAUCCCUAGGAAGUAUUUAACGAUGCUACAGGAAAUAAUUAGAUCGUCUGGAAACUUAAUCUUACGUAUAAUUUGCGGUUUUUUUUUCAUUUAGUUAUAUAACAAUAAAACUACAUUUCUGUACACUUCGGUGUACACUAAAGGUAAAAAUUAAUCUUGAACUAAGAAUGCUUCAUUAGAAUAACUACGAGCUAGGAUAGGGUAAGCUCUAAAAUUCGAUUGAAUUAAAUUUUACUACUCAA